ACAAUUUGCAUGGUCUGGAUAGUUGUACAUCAGUGCCACUUGUGAGGAGCACAGGGAGCCACCAAUUUCUAAAUUGUGGAAAACUAGCACUAGUGUCCUGCCCAUAAUCCCGUUGUACAAAAACCCCAACUGAAAUUCAAAUAUGCUAUAACACAAAAUGCUAGUCUUCCCACACCCAAACACCAUAACAGCCAAAAUCCUUCACCUCCUAACCACAAGCAUUUCUCCCACCCAACUCCUCCAAAUCCAGGCCCAGAUCAUCCUCCACAAUCUCCAUCCAAACCCCACCAUUACCUUCCAUUUCAUCAAUGCCUGCAAAUCCCUGGGCCUCUUGCAAUCAACCCUCCAUCUCUUCAGCCACUUCCAAAUAUCCAAUCCCUUCAUUUACAACAACCUCAUCAGAACCUUCUCACAUUCCCCUUCCCCCCAAUUCUCCCUCCUCAUAUACACCCAAAUGCGGCAUAAAUCCAUCCCUCCCAAUCACUAUACCUUCCCUUUCGUUCUUAAAUCCCUAUCUGACCUCAGAGAACUGAGACAAGGCCAAACUGUGCAUACCCACAUUGUGAAGAUGGGCCAUCUUGAUGAUCUUUAUGUCCGGAACGCCUUGUUGGAUCUCUACUCUUCGUGUGGGGAGAUGGAAAUGUGCGAAUUCCUGUUCGACGAAAUGACACAAAGAGAUGCAGUCUCAUGGACCAUAUUGAUUUCUGGCCAUCGGAAAAACGGGAAACUUGAUGAGGCGCUGAUUGCUUUCGAACGUAUGCAAUACGCAGGGAUCUCACCAAACCGGGUGACGAUGGUGAACGCAUUGGCUGCGUGCGCAGGCCAUGGGGCCCUCGAAAUGGGUGUUUGGAUACAUGACUACAUAAAAAGAAAUGGGUGGGAAUUGGAUGUGAUCUUGGGUACUUCUUUGAUCGACAUGUACGGAAAAUGUGGCAGAAUUGAAAUUGGGUUGAGUGUUUUUGACAGCAUGGCCGAGAAGAAUGUGUAUACAUGGAAUUCGAUCAUCGGAGGUCUUGCUCUGGCAAAAAACGGGGAGGAGGCGCUGUCCUGGUUCUUUAGGAUGGAGGAGGAAGGGAUCAAACCUGACAAAGUGAGCUUAACAGGGGUCCUAUGUGCCUGUAGUCACUCUGGCUUGGUGAAAAUGGGUCAACGGAUUUUCUAUUCGAUGGUUGAUGGGAAGUACGGGUUCCCACCAGAGAUUAAGCAUUACGGGUGUAUGGUCGAUCUUUUGGCCCGCGCAGGUCUUAUCGACGAAGCAAAAGAAUUCAUGUUAAUGAUGCCAUUUGAACCUAAUACUGUGAUAUGGGGGGCAUUACUGUCUGGAUGCAGAGCUCAUGGAGACAUGGAAUUGAGUGAAAUGGCAGCAAGGAAACUUAUUGAGCUUGAGCCUGACAACAGUGCUUAUUAUGUUGUGUUGUCUAAUUUCUAUGCAGAGAUGGGAAGAUGGAGUGGUGUUGAGGAGGUGAGGAGGUUGAUGAAAGAGAGGGGAUUUAAGAAGGAUGUGGGAAGUAGUUCUGUAGAACUGGAAGAAUCCAAGGAGAAUGUAUAUGAUUUGUUAGGACCAUAGAUCCUAAUUUUGCAUGUAAUAUAGAGCUUUUUUCUUUUCUUUUAUUUUUCUUUCUGGAAAUUUGUUUAGUAGGAAUGUGGAUUGAAUGCUAGAUGGUGGCUUAUCUUUCACCCAACAAUAUUUAAAACCAAUUCCCUA